CCAUCAGCACGGGAAUCGCACUGGCAGUGAUGCACCCUGCGCCAGGCAUUUACGCCCAGUCAAAGAUCGGCCUUGCGCGCUACUGCACCUUUGGCAUCUUUUUUGUGUCUGGCAUAGCGUUGGACCUAGACGAGCUCAGACGGGCAGCCGGCUCGUGGCCUGCCUUCCUCUACGGCUCGCUAUCCACGCUCGCCAUAACGCCUCUCAUGGCUCUUCUUGUGCUGCGACUGCCGCUGCUGCCGCGAGAGCUACCUACAGGUCUCGCGCUCUUCUGCUGCAUGCCUGCAACCAUCACCGCAGGCAUCUCCCUUGCACGGGCAGCACAUGCCAACACAGCACUGGCUCUCGGCCUAACUGUCGUCACCAACACAGUUGGCAUACUCACUAUGCCUCUGCUCCUCUCAAGGCUCGUCCCAGCCAGUGGGGGCGUGUCGGUACCAGCAGGGCCGCUGUUACGUGGGCUGGUUACCACUUUGCUCGUUCCUCUCUUCAUUGGCAUGGCAGUGCGACGAAGCAUCCCAGCUGUUGCCACGUGGGCUGAUCAGCGCAAGCAGCAACUCUCAAUGGCCAACAAUGCCAUGCUCUCAUUUGUACCAUGGAUGCAAGUCAGUUCCGCCCGGGCGGCGAUUCUUCGUCUCGACAUGACACAACUGCUACCCAUUGCUGCCGCUGGCAUAGCCGUCCAUCUGUCCUUCCUGGCUUUCAACAUGGGAGUGAUGGCGGCCCUGAGGCGAAUCACCCCUCCUCUUCCCCUUCAAGAGGCCAAUGCUGUUGAUAGAGCUGUCAUCAUCCUCUCCAGCCAGAAAACCCUUCCAGUGGCUGCAACAGUGGUGGAGAAGAUUGGAACGCUUAUGGGCGAGCCGGCAUUGGUCCUGCUGCCAUGCAUCCUCACCCAUUUUCUCCAGGCGGCGGAGAUUGUCGCGGCGCGCGUGUACCAGGCGUACAAGAACGACCCCGCCGUCCCCGCUCCGCUGCUGCGCCUGCACUUUCACGACUGCUUCGUCCAGGGCUGUGACGCGUCGGUGCUCCUCGAUUCGACGGAGGACAACAAGGCGGAGAAGGACGCGGAUCCCAACGCCACUCUCGGCGCGUUCGACGUGGUCGACGACAUUAAGGACCACCUCGAGUCGGAAUGCCCUGGCGUCGUGUCUUGCGCCGACAUUCUCGCUCUCGCCGCUCGCGAAGGCAUUCAUCUGGCCGGCGGUCCUUUCACGGAGGUGCCUCUGGGGCGUCGCGACGGGCUGACGUCAUUCGCGCUCGCGGCGGAGACUUUCCUCCCGGGAUCCACGCUCAACGUCUCUGGCCUCGUCCAUAACUUCAACACAGUCGGCCUCGAUAUGACCGACGUUGUGACUCUUAGCGGGGCUCACACUAUCGGGGAGGGCCGCUGCGUGAGCCUGAAGAAUCGCCUGGAGCAGGACGACCCCACGAUGGACCCCGAAUUCGCGGCGUAUGUGAAGCAGAAGUGCGGCACGAGCAACAUUGACCCCAAGGCUAUGAUCUCAAACGACUAUGCUUCGCCAAACAAAUUCGACAACCAGGGCCUGUUCACCACCGACCAAUCGCUCAUUUACGACGACAAGACGGAGCGCGCAGUAAAGGCAUUCGCUCACGCCAAGAGCACGUGGUUCGACGCGUUCCCCAAGUCGCUCAUGAAAAUGGGCGUCAUUUCGCCGCUCACCGGCACGCAGGGCGAGGUUCGCCUCAACUGCCACGUGCGCAACACCUACUAG